AUGAAUCCUGAACGACCUCGGACAUCGUGCACCUCACCGCAAGCCCUCAGUCACCGUAACGGCGCAUUCGAUUGGUUUGAGAAGGAGAUAAAGUACCCAGAUGAAACGGCUCGUAUUUGCCUUGCCUAUCCUUCCUCGAGCUCGGCACUCGGACGAUGUCGAGCACACGCUGUCGCCUCCGUCCCUGAUUUUCUUCUCCUCCUACCAACCAGGCGCCUGUCUUCGUCGUCUCCACUGGCAACGACGCCGCCGCCGCCAGUUUCGUGCUUCCCCCAGCUCAUCAUUAUGAAACCCCCCACCGCAGCCGCGGUCGAGAUAUUCAAGCUCAUCGAGGCGGAGCGCGCGUACGCCGUCGCCGAGGCGCACACGCAGUGCAACGCGUUUCGGGAGACCGCAAUCAGGAUGAACGGCGAGCUCGACACGCAGGUGCGCCAGACGAGCCUCGAGCUCGAUCGGCUGGUGCAAGCGCUGUGCGCGGCGGGGAUCCGGUACGAGGACGGCCGGUUCUCGUUCUCGUCGGCGUGGGGAGAGGCUGUGCCUGGGCUGAAAAGGGCUGCGUCCCGCUUUUUUGCGCCGUGCGAGGUGUUGUCGGUGCUGCAGGGUGCGAAGAAGAGUCCCCGAGAGGGGGCUGACCAUGGCAACGAUGGUGCAGAUGCUAUGGAGGAGGAGGAUUCCGAAGCGGAAUGUGCUCGUCCCUUGAAAAGAUUCAAGUCAGAGCCGGCCAUACUGAGAACGCGAGGGCAUAUCUCCAAAGUCGGAAACUCGGCCAUACAGAUGUUUCCUGUUUGCGUUUCCGGACCGCCAGUGCUGGAUCGUUGGUCUCCUGCCAUCACAUCGGCACCUUCAUUAUCGGAACCCACGCUGCUCCCUCCUGUAUCCAUCUUCGAAGGAGCCCACGGCUGCUCUUACUACAUCUGGUUCGCCCUGCGCUUUUCGUUCCUACACAAGCUGCGGUGCGGUGCCAGCCUCGACUGUUUCUCGCCACUCUCCCCGGCUGCCUGGCAAGCUGCGCUCAAGACGUGCCCGGCCGCUGCCGCUGAAGAAGGCUUCAAGCCGCCUAUGUUCGACCUCGGAUCGCAGUCGCCCUGCGCUUGUGGCAUGCCGCCCCUUCAGCCGGUCAUCGUCGCAAGUCUCCCCAAACGAGCAGACGGAUCCGCGUUCUCCGCUGUCGACUUCGCGGACCGGGCGUUCCAGCAGCUUUUGUUGGUUGAUCUCGAGCUUGGGCAUAUGCAGAUUCAGCUGGAGCAGACGGAUGCCAUGUUGUGUGUGUCGUCACCGCCGGCGUCUCCCUCGUCGCCGUUGUGGCAGUCGCCGGGAGAUCCAGACGCAGCAAGGACUCGUGUCAAGGAGCGACGAGCGAUCUUCCGCAGUAUGACAUUCGGCUCGUCAUUUGCUGAGGAGUCAUUCGAGAUGGCCGAGAGGCGAGACUGGGUGCUUCGAUUCGCCAAGGUGGUGAAGAACUGGCCUGGGUCGCCGCUGGUCAGCAGCCGUCCCAGAGGGCAAGCCCUUUCCCAGGAUAUGCCCGUCGUCGAUUCGCCCUCUGUCGGGGGGGCCAAGCAGAAACGGAAGUUGAAGAGGAUACUGUCUUCAGCCUCGGACGUAUCACAGACCGUUGUCGGCAUCGGCGCAACGGCGAGUAGCGCACUCCCUCCUCUGCAAUGCGCUCUCGCCGGUGUCGCCGGCGUGAUUGAUCGUGUGACCAGCGUCAAGAAGGAUGCGCGUGAUGUAGCUGCGCGACUUGCGCAGACCGAGUCGUUCAUCGAUCAGACUGCGUCUCUGGACCCGUCCCGCCAGGCUUUGUGCUGCGCGCAGCUUCCAGCUUUGGCCGAAAACAGACGUCUUUUGCGGCGCGUGGCAGAUUCUAGUGGAUUUGAUCGGACAGUCCACUUGAACGACUUUGAGAAGACGAUCAAGGAUGGUAAUGAGCAGUUGCGCGAUGCACAGAGUAUAUUUCCGAUGCUUCUGAGCCUGGGUACGCUGUCGGGCUUGUGCGAGAUAAAAGAAGAACGGACACAGCUUGAUCACCGACUGUCUGAAGUGAUGGAUACUCUGGCCCAGUCAAACCAGAUAUUGACUCAAACGAACCAACGUUUGGUUGAAUCCGAUCGAGCUAAGGAUGGCGAAAUCUUGCGAUUAGCGUACCAACGAAACUGCGCAGUUGUUUUUUUGGGUCGGCCCUGACGUGCAUCCUUUCUCCAAAGGCGUUACACACUGGCCUGAAAUUUGAAAGACUGCGCUGCGUGAAGCGUAUGCCGAGGCUCAUCCGUCCGGCAUCCGCUUCGCGCAGCCUUUUAAAUUUCAGGCCAGUGUCACUACUACGCUGGGUUUGCAAGGAUGACUGGACGGAAAUCUUACGCUUUCCCUCCUCGCUUGAUCCCAGUUGAUUAAGUUUGGGCCGGAAACGUCUGAAUUCUGCUCAGUGACUAGGUUCCAUGGUUUCACUCAUUCAAUGGACGGAUGAGCAGGGCUCGGCCUGGCCUCAGGGCUGGGCCAAAAAACGUCCAUAUGCUUCCAUACGAGCAAUUGUUGAUCCACAUACACACAUAUUAUGCAUAAAGACGGCGCU